AUGUCAUGUGAAACACCUCAAAAAGAUCAACUUCCUUCAUCAAAUGUUCCAAUGAAGAUUUUAGGCAAACCAGAUUGUUUAGAUCUCAUUUUAUUGGCUAAAACUGCAAAAUCAGAAUUAAGACAAAUAGCUCAAAAAAGUGUAACAAAAAAUAAAAGAAAAUUCAUUGAUCUUGAUCAAGAAGAUUCUCAACCUUUGGUUGGACCCCUCAUCACUUUUUUAGCUAAGUUGCUUGGUAAGUCUUUGGUAUCACUCAACUUGAGUGAUCAAAGUGAAGCAAGCAAUAAGCUUUCACAACAAUCUCUGGCAUUAUUCACAUGGAAGGACGGAUCUUUGGUACAACCUAUGCAAGAGCUUAACAGUUUAUUGGAGCCUAGUCGAUCAAUUAUGCUGACAGAAUGUGGUGGUGCAACGAUUGAGGAAAUGCAAAUUGAAGCUCAUCCUUCUUUUGAGAUUAUGGUCACAAUGAAUCCAGGUGGUGAUCUUGGUAAACGUAAACUUUCACCUGCACUUCAAAAUCAGUUGGAGGAGAUCUGGGCUCCACUUGUGUCUGAACCGGCUGCUUGGGAUGCUAUCUUUGCAACUCAAUUAUCAACUCAAAAUCAGCUUCAGAUUGGAUCCCUUCUCAUUGAGAAUGCUUUGUCAGUUUCUUGA